AAUAUAUAACAUGGACGCUGAAAAUAACACCCGCGUUCAAACGAAAAAUGAAAGACGAGAGGCGUUCAUGGCACUCUGCCGUGAAAACUGUACUGUAGUAAUAGACUGCGAAUUCGCAUCGUACGAAAAUGAGAAGGAGGCCAAGAGCCUAGCCAACCAGUUAAUGCAGAGCUAUGCCUUCAACAAAAGAGCGGAGAAACCAGUAAACCUGGUUAUAUGCGGUAUACAGGAAGAUAGUUACGUGGCGCAGUGUUUUGCUAAAAUCUCGGGUACCGACAACUGGAUGUGUUCCCUGGAGUACCGUAGCCUAGAGGAGCUCUACGACCCCGGUGAGCUGGUAUACCUCUCAGCAGAUGCUACCGAAGUGCUAGACGAUAUAUCAAAAGACGGUAUAUACGUCAUAGGCGGCAUCGUGGAUCGCAACCGAUUAAAGGGCAUUGCAUUGAAUCGCUCAAGGCACAUCGGGGCCAAGUGCAAACGGCUACCCAUAAAGGAGCAUGUACAACUAACCCAGAGCCAUGUGCUCUCGAUAACGGCCUGUGUUUCUAUAUUCCUUAACUAUACACUUCACAAAGACUGGGUCAAAGCACUCGUAGAGUCCAUUCCUAAGAGGAAGUUUUAGCAAUAAACAA